UCACUGCGUUUGAUGUUGUGGUUAGGUGGCGAAUUUUGAUGUUAAGGGGCCUGUCGGUGUCUUUCUAAAUCAUACUUUCAGAUUUAACGAUCCCUUGCCUGUUGAGGCCGCUUACGAAAAACGCGCUUACGUAUAGUGCUGCAGUACAGGAGCCGACUGAGCUAAGCGAGGAUGUUGAGAUCAUCAUCGGCAACCUUUGAUAAGCUCUUGGAGAAAGCCACCAGCCACCUGCUGCUGGAGCCUGACUGGUCAGCCAACCUGGCCAUCUGUGACACCAUCCGACAGGGUGAUGUGCAAGCCAAGUAUGCUGUGCUGGCUGUCAAGAAGAAGCUCUAUCAUGAGAACCCGCAUGUGGCCGUGUAUGCCCUCUGUGUGCUGGAGGCCAUGAUGAAGAACUGUGGUGCACCAGUCCAUGAUGAGGUGGGUCAGUUCCCUUUCAUGCUGGAGAUGCGAGAGCUGGCGGUGAAGGCGCCCGACAUCGUCAAGGAGAAGCUGCUGGAGCUGCUGCAGACCUGGGCGCACGUAUUCCGUCAGUCGACCAAGUACCGCGCCGUGCAGGACACGGUCAACGGUAUGCGCCAGGAGGGGUUCAAGUUUCCGGCGCUGCGUGUGUCCGAGGCCAUGUUCUCGGCCGAGACGGCGCCGGAGUGGGCCGAUGGCGAGGUCUGCAACCGCUGCCGCGACGCCUUCACCACCUUCACCAGAAAGCACCACUGCCGCGCCUGCGGUCAGGUGUUCUGCGGCAAGUGCUCCAGCAAGACGUCCAACAUCCCCAAGUUCGGCAUUGAGCGCGACGUGCGCGUCUGUGACCCGUGCUUCGACCAGAUCAACAGGCCGUCCGCCGGGCAGCCGCCGAAGGGCAAGCCGUCGUCGUCGUCCUCGGGCGCCGACUCUGACCUGCCUCCGGAGUACCUGGCUAGCCCGCUUUCCAAGCAGUCGCAGGCGCCGCCACCGCGCAAGACGGAUGAGGAGCUGAAGGAGGAGGAGGAGCUGAACCUGGCGCUGGCCAUCUCCCAGUCGGAGGCCGACGCCGCCAAGGAGGUGAGCCGUGCCCCGGCCCCGGGUGUCGCCGCGCCGUUUCAGCGCGGCGAGGCGCCGUCCGAGCGCGACCCGCAAGCCGACCCGGAGCUGGCGCGCUACCUCAACCGCUCUUACUGGGAGUCCCGCCAGGAGGCGCCGCAGUCGCCCACGGCGCCCGCCCCGGCCGCCUCCGUGUCGGCGCCGGCCGUCUCGGCGCCGGUCACCACGGCGCCCGCCACGUUCCAGAACGGCGCAGCUGACCAGCAGCUGGACCAGUUCGUGGCGACCAUCUGCUCGCAGCUGGAGAUCUUCGUCAACCGCAUGAAGUCCAACUCGUCCCGCGGCCGGCCCAUCGCCAACGACUCGUCGGUGCAGACGCUCUUCAUGAACGUGACGGCCAUGCACUCCCAGCUGCUGCAGAACAUCCAGCUGCAGGACGACCAGCGCGUGCACUACGAGGGCCUGCAGGACCAGCUGGCCCAGGCGCGGGACGCUCGCGCCGCCCUGGACGCCCUGCGCGAGGAGCACCGCGACCGGCUGCGGCGCGAGGCGGAGGAGGCGCAGCGCCACCGUCAGAUGCAGAUGAUGCAGAAGCUGGAGAUCAUGCGCAAGAAGAAGCAGGAGUACCUGCAGGGUACGGCCCGCCGGAGGGGAAUGGCACCUCAUGGCUACCCACAGGGCAGCGACCAGGGCCCGAGUCACGGACCCAUGGGACCUGAGCAGGGCGGACCGAGUCAGGGUCAGAUGGGUCCCAUGCAGGGCCAGAUGGGUGGGCCCCAAGGUGGCCACCCAGGACAAAUGGGACCCCAAGGCCACCCCAGUCAGAUGGGACCCCAGGGCCAUCCCGGCCAGGCGGGACCUCAGGGCCAUCCCGGCCAGAUGGGACCCCAGGGCCACCCCAGCCAGAUGGGACCUCAGGAUGAGCAGGGUCAGAUGGGUCCGGGCCCUACACCGGACGCACCCGCCCUCAUCUCGUUCGACUAA